AUGGUAUCUCGUUUUACGACGACGAAAUUAAUAAAACCAGUGACAUUGAAACAGCUGGUUCAAUUCGGUCAGCCUCCUUUGAACACAGCAACCUUGCUUGAUUCAGCACGAUACACUAAAUCUGAACUUCCUGUCCGACUUGCUAGGAGGGUGAAGGCUUUUCAAAAUCUUCCCUUUAUUGUAGGCACCAACCCAUACAUUAUGAAUGUAUAUAAUCUAUAUUGUAACUCAUUCAACGUGAUCAGGAAUUUCCCUGAAAUCAAUGAUGACGAAACGGAUAGGGAAUUUACGCAAUUAUUGAAGCAGACAGUCAAUUUGCACGCAGAAAAUAUUCCAACACUAGCAAGAGGUUUCCAGGAAUGUAAAAAGUACAUGUCGAAUGAAGCCAUCAAAAGAUUUUUAGACGACCUAAUUCGCGCUCGCAUUGGUAUCCGUCUUAUCGCCGAACAACACAUCGCUUUACAUGAAAGAUCUGAUCCAAACUUUAUUGGCAUAAUUGACGCUCGCACCCAUCCUGAGAAUUUGAUCCGUACUAGAGCAGACUUUGUUCAAAGUCUGUGCGAAGUGCAUUAUGGAUCUUUUCCCGAAAUAUGUAUAACUGGUCAGACGGAUACACGUUUUGCCUACGUGCCUGUGCAUUUGGAGUAUAUCAUUGCUGAAAUAUUAAAGAAUGCUUGCAGAGCUACGGUUGAGCUGAGCCAAAAGAUCGGCAGAAAGGAUCAUCCUGCGAUUGAAGUUACUAUAUCGCGUGGGAAGAGUAAUAUUGGAAUUAGAGUGAGAGAUCAGGGAGGCGGGAUUUCUGCAAAGGAUCUGCCGUCAAUAUUCGAGUACUCCUAUACUACUGCCAAACAAGAGAAUUAUUCUGGGAAUGUGUUGGGAUCUGUUACCACUAUGAGCAUGCAAGCCGGAUUUGGUGGGCCGAUCGCUGGACUCGGUUAUGGGUUACCGUUGGCAAGGUUGUAUGCUGGUUACUUUGGUGGAUCAAUGAAUCUCGUAUCAUUGAACGAUCAUGGAUGCGAUGUGUUUGUGAAAUUAAAGCAGAUUAAUGAAAUAUUGGACGAAGUGGAGAUUUAA